GGAGGACGAAGCCGACGCAGCCGACUUCUCCUCACCUGGCAUUCUGAUAUUUCAGCUUCAGCAGAAACAACAUACCUGGAGGAGAAACAACAGGCAGAAUGCUAGAGUCACUCGUUUUCACGUUGUCUAUGGCGUUGUCGAUUGAAUUGCCGGUUGCAAUGGCUGUCCAGUCUGUUGACUUCAAUGUUACAAACGCCCUCAUCCAACAUGGGUUCGACACUUCGGCGAUCCCCGCCCUGACGACUCUCGCCGACCAGAGCUCGGUCUCUGGCUGCAGUAUUGCUUGCCACUCUCUGCAAUACGUUUACGGACAAGACGCUGUGGACUUGAACGGUGAAGCCGCAUACAGCAACUUCACCGGGUCCUUCUGGUCAGAGCUGCAAACAGAAGUCAGCCCUUUUUGCAUCUUCUACCCCUCUUCGCCGCCGGAGGUCUCGGUGCUCGUCCUGCUGUCGAGACUGGCGCAGUGUCCGUUUGCUGUCAAGAGUGGCGGGCAUGCCGCCUUCUCUGGAGCCAGCAACAUCGAGGGUGGCAUCACCGUCUCGUUCAGGAACCUCAGCCGCAUCGCCUUGUCGGAGGACCACAAGACCGCGUUCAUCCAACCUGGCAAUACCUGGCACCAAAUCUACACCGAGCUCCAGCCCUAUGAUCUGACGGUCAUCGGAGGCCGUGCCGGACCCAUCGGCAUCGGGGGCUUGACCACCGGCGGGGGUGUCUCCUUUUUCUCCAACAUCUAUGGGUUCGCGUGUGACAAUGUGGCUAGCUACCAAGUUGUGACCGCCACUGGUGAGAUAGUGACUGCAAGCUCGAGUCAGAACUCGGAUUUGUAUUGGGCACUUCGGGGCGGUGGCAACAACUUUGGGAUCGUGGUGGACUUCGAGCUCGAGACAAUCCCCCUCCCCGGAGGAGAGAUGUGGGGAGGCACAAAAGUGUUCAUGGAGGACCAAUUCCCGGGUGUUGUCGACGCGUUCGUGGACCUUAUCGACGAGUCACCCAGCGAUCCCGAUGCUGGGACCUGGGCGGCUUUCGUGGUCGAGUCCGGACUCAAGCUCGCCGGCGUCGAGCUUUGGUACGGCAAGCCUGACGGGUCAAAUGCCUCGAUCUUUGACAAAUUCAACAACCUCACUACGAUAUCUGACACCACCCAGAGCAGGACCCAUGCAGACUAUGCUGCAGAUGUGGGAGGGAGAAACCCAUACGGAUUUCGUAAUUAUUUUUACGUCAUUUCCGUGAAGGCAUCAAACGCUGUAAUACAGGCGUCUCUCGAUAUAUUUUUUGAAGGAGUUGAUUCGGUGGCGGAUGUCGCUGGUGCACAUCCCGCAAUGGUGUGGCAGGGAAUCACAGAGGGCGUGCUCGAACUCACCAAGAAGAACGGGGGAAACCCGCUCGGCCUCUCAGUGGAAGACGGACCGUAUUACAUUAUUCAAAUUGCAUCGUGGUGGGAGAAAGAAGAAGACGACGACAGGAUGUAUCAGAUGGCCUCUACAGUGCUCGAUAAGAUCAAGGCUGUUGCGGUAUCAGAGGGUGCCCAGAACGACUGGGUCUACAUGAACUACGGGAGCCAGUUCCAGGAUGUCAUCAGCAGCUACGGGACCGAGAACAAGGCUGCGCUCAAGAGUAUUGCGGCCAAGUACGACCCGGCCCAGGUAUUCCAGAAAUUGCAGCCUGGGUACUUCAAACUUGAUCGAGCACCCGUGCCCGGGACGAAUUACUUCUCCUUCUGAUGGGCCGCCGUCGGUGAGCGUCGAGACGGGGUCAUUUGAGGAUGAUAAUGAAGAUGGUUAGACAGAUGGAGACUUUAAUUCUUGUUUUAGCAAAGAUUUCUGUCAACCACAAGGGAUUUAGACAUGUACACGCAUAAUUAAACCAUUUUUAUGUGAGUGACUUCCCAAAAACGCGGAAUGUGUUACAACAAGACGGAUGGAUUUAAAUGCUCAGUUGCAGUCAUUCUCCUGAGAGAGCGACUACCGCGGUUGUGAAUUACUACCACCAUCAUGACCAGAUGUUACGUAGGUAUUUUAAGCCUCCCUGAUCUAUUCCAGAGCCAAGAACUAUGCUCUUCUAUUAAUAACUGGGCCCAGCUGGCAGUCCGCUGCAUGUUUCAGUCGCUGCCAGGAAUCUACUAGGUAUGGACUGAGUGUCCACACUUGACUGGCAGUACUUAGAUUAUUACGACCAGCACAAAAGGCUCGGCGUUGCACCCUUCUUUGGACAGCGCCACUCCUUGCAAGACUUGCAAGCGCUCUUCCGUAACCUACUGCCGCUCAUGCGGACUCAGUUGGCUCGUUGUCGGCCGAGGCAACUUGUAUCUCAGCAGAAGGAUCUUUCUUGCGCGCCAUCACCCACAUAAACUCGGCGUCAAAAUCCGGAUCAUCCUCCUCCAGCUUCCCGUCGCCAGCCUGCAGGACCUCCACCUGCAGCAGCUCAAACCCGACCUCGCCCAGCAGCGCCCGGUUCCCCUCCACAUCAAAGCUGCUCCAGAACAUGCCGUACCCCAGCAUCUCGCCGUGGAUCUCCUCCUCGUCGACCGUGGCGAGGUUGAAGACAAACACGCCCCCGGGCCUCAGCCAGCCGUGGAUCUUGGCGAGCAUUUCCUUCAGCGUUGACCGUGGGAGGUGGAAGAGCGUGUAGAAGCUGAUGGCGCCGUGGAAGCUCUCGGGCUCAAAAGUGAGCGCCGUCAUGUCGCCGGCGAUCAGCUUGGCGCCCGGGCAGCGGGCCCUGGCCAUUUCGAUCUGCCUUGUGGAGAUGUCAUUGGCGACCACCUGCGCGCCCUGGUCGAGGAGGAACUUCAGGAUGGGGACGCCGGGGCCGCAGCCCAGCUCCAGGAUCGAGGGCGACGGCUGCUGCAGCUUCUCGAGGAGCUGCCUGGUGUACCUUUCCCGCGGCGACUUUUGGCUUGUCACCCAUUGCAGGUACCACUCUGUGAUGUUGUCGUAGGCGUAUUCGACAAUGCCUGCCGGGGUGUCGGACAUUUUUGAGUCGUGCCCUAAUAAAACAAAGUUUUGGCUGCUAGAUUGAAGAUGCUUGUUGCUUGUUGCUUGCGUACACCACUGGGAUUACAGUUGAAUGCGCUCGAGUGCUGCCUGCCCAAUCUUGCCGGCCGCUGGGGGCCACUGGGGUCGACGCCCAAUUUGGGCAUAGCGCCUCUGAUACCCACCUGAGUGGGCGAAGCCGUGCGGGUUUUGGGCCCGUUGGUGGCAUCAACUUUGGAACACUGCGG